CAUCAUGUGUGUGGGAAACGGCUCCUGGAGUUCACCUUUCCCUGUCUGUAUACCCAAAUCAUGCCCCCCUCCUCCUGACUGGACUGGAGGUAGUGUCAACGCUACUCAGAUGGUUUUCCUGGUAGGCCAGUCGGUAUCAGUCAGUUGUCCUAAAGGUCAGCGGGUCAAAGGUAACCAGGGAAAAAGUAUCGCCACCUUAACUUGCAGGAGUGAUCAGAUCUGGGCCCCCAUCAGUGCAGUGUGUGAGAGGGUGUCCUGCGGCCCACCAAUGUACGUGGCAAAUGGGGUAGUCCGUGGGGCAGUGUUCCAGUUUGGAGAUGUGGUGGUGUACUCAUGUUACGCAGGCUACACCAUGGAGGGUUCUAGCAGGAGUGUGUGCUUGGAGAAUGGCACUUGGACCCCACCCCCUACCUGCAAAGGUAGCACAAGGAACUGCCCUUAAAUCCCACUUGGAGUUCUGACUUCAGCCUUUUUCUUCAUCUUUUGCAAAAUCUUGUGACUCCUUUUGGCUGGUCUUGCACAUUUACACAUGUAAACACAAGCACUGAGCAC